AACAAUGAAGUCCUAUCGAAUCUUCCACAUCCAUUUUUCUAUUAUUUAGCCCUGCUGAUUGCAGCAGUUGGUUUGGUUGUCAUAUUUGUUAGUCUCAUUGGCUGGUGGACGAUUUUUUGGUGUAAUUAUUGCAAUUUGAGCAUUUAUUUUCUAGUCGUGCUGUUAUUAUUCGAGUCUACAUUUUGUUCAAUGGUGACUGUCUGGCCAAAGUGUGUUGGUCUUCAAUUAAAUGAAUCUCUUAUGGUAAAAAUACUGCAAAACUCUUAUGGUGUACAGCAACAAAUGACGGAUAGUAUUGAUUUAAUUCAAACUCAUUUCAAAUGCUGUGCUAUAUCGAGUAACGUAAACUAUGAUAUGUCCUUAUGGAAACUUCAGAACUUCGGGCAAAAAGAUUGGACAGUACCACAAACAUGUUGCAUCCUCAAAAAUAUCAACGAAGAGCGUUCUUAUCUCGAUCCAAAACCGAUGAAUAUUUCACUAUGCCAAUCAUUGCUCAAGCAUGAAUAUAAUGGAGCACGACAUAGUGAAAAUUGUUUAGAACAUCUUAAUGCAUGGUAUCAGAAUCAUUAUUUUAUGUUUUUAAAAGCAGGUGCUUUUAUUGCUAUCGUUGAAUUUAUGGUGCUCGUAAGCAUUAUUUUGAGCUGCAUUCAAAUUACAAAAUCAACUCGAAAAAGUUGUAGAAACGUAGGAACUUCUAUGGCUACAAAUCUUAAAAAAAGAAUGGCCCCACAGCCGCAAUUUCCACCCAAUGAAAAUCUAUAUUUUCGAAAUGUUUUAAUAUAAUUCUUUUUUGUAACAAACCAUAUUACAAAUCGAGAAAAAAAUAUUAUAACACAAAUCAAUUGGGCUUUCAUAAAAUUUUAUUGAUUUAUUUUAAGAUAUGUUUUGUCGUCUACAAUUUUAAAGUUGAACAGAAAUUCUGUAAAUGAGUCAGUGAUUACUUAUAUGUUUUAACAAUAUUAGCUGCAAAUCGGAAUAUUACUGAUUUUAAAAAAAUUGUUGAAAAUGAAUGGAGGAAUAAAUAAUAUUUUGUUUUUAAAUU